CAGCCGCGUAGUUCACAGUCUAGUCAAACCGACGUGACAGCAGCGCAACUCAAAGCCUCGCUACUUUCCUGCAGCAUAUGUUGACAGCUCAGGCUUAAGUGUAAUCAUAGAUCCAGGUGAGGUGAUCUGACGCACCGGUUUUUCCACGCAUCUUUGAGUGUGCGCGUGUUCAGCCCUUCGGCUCCAUGACGGGACUGUGUGCGCUCUGCCUGACCGCGCUCCUCGCAGCAUUCGCGCGGCUGGCUGAAAGCGUCAGCCCUGUGGUCCGCUGCGAGCCAUGCGACGACGGGGCGAUGGUGCUGUGCAAACCGCUGCCCUGGGAUUGCGACGAGCCGGUGAAGGAGCCCGGUUGCGGGUGCUGCUUGACUUGUCCGCUGACCGAGGGCCAGGCGUGCGGAGUGUACACAGGGCGCUGCGGUACCGGGCUGAGCUGUCAACAUCGCCCCGGGGAGAGCAAACCUCUGCAGGCUCUGCUGGAGGGACGGGGCGUGUGUGCGAAAGCACCGGACAAAAAGCAAAGCGGCAGUCCAUCUCACGGACACGACAAGCCAGAGACAGAAGGAAAGGAGCAGAAUGGUACCAGAACAGCAGGCACUGGGGAAGCUGAGACGGUCCAUCACACGACAGAUAUUUCCAGAGAUGUGCAGGGAGGGUCAAGGACACCAUCAGAACCCAGUGAUCCUAUGAUGCAUUCAAACAAACUGGAGAUGAUCCAAAAAGAACAAGUCAAGAAAAGCCAGGUCCAUAAAGUUGUACCAUUUUCCGGUUGGAUCGUUCAAGAUAUUCACAACUUUAGUCUGGAGUCGAAGAGAGAAAAUGAAUAUGGCCCAUGUCGUCGGGAGAUGGAAAGUGUUAUGAAGCAGUUAAAGUUCACAAAUGUGCUGAACCCAAGACGCUUCCGCAUUCCAAACUGUGACCAAAAGGGUUUCUACAAGAAAAAACAGUGCAGUCCAUCCAAAGGCCGCAAACGAGGUCACUGCUGGUGCGUGGACAAGUACGGACAGCCUUUACCCGGCUACGAUGGAAAGGAGAAGGUCCACUGCUAUAACAUGGAGACAAAGUGAAGGGGAAGGAGAGGCAGAGUGGUGGAAACAGGGAGACAAAGAGGGAUAUCUCCCCUGAAGAACUACAUGAAUACAAAUUCAAAAGUGCUGUCCCAAAGCUGACCUCCCACUUGUAUGCUGAGGCAUGGACUCACGUGACCAGCAACUCACUUUACACUUCAGGAGAACGAAGAGAAUAAGAGGAGGAGACAGAGAGAGUGUCAAGUCUUCUGUUUUUUGGACUCUAUCUUAAGGGGGACGUGUGAACAUAGUCAAAAGUACGAGCGAAUUUCAGUAACGACAUGCUAAGUCUGAGCAUAUGUACUCUUGUGUAUGUGAGGGACAUUGUGUACUUGUUCUGUGCGCAUAGGUAGCCUCUCUCUUCUGCUACAAGCGUGUGUUGACUAUCUGCCAUGACUAUCAGCGGCUCUCUCUUAGUCCCAAUUCUUGUUUCUGCCCUCCUGGUGUUGGGUCGUUUAAACAGUGGCACUAGGCGGCUCUAGCCAUAGACUCCAUCUGAAGCACAAGCACUUCAUGCACUUUGGCCCCUCUUGAACACAUACUCCAGGCCAACAGUUUGAUCAUCCAUUUAAAACAAUUUGACCAAUUGCAAACUAUUCUACAGCCGGACAUACUUAGACGACUUAUCUGAUGCAGAGUGGUUCGAUUGUUGUCAGAACAGCAAUGAUAUGCCCCUAAAAUAUAUCCACAAGGGCAUUAUCUCACUUUCAAAACAUCAUGAAGCACUUUGAAUAUUUGAUUUGUACUCCAAACGCUGACUAUCAUUGUCCUUCACAUUUCAAGGCCUUUGCUGAAAGCAUGUAUCUUGCGUGACGUCGUUUUUUUAUAUAUGGGUUUGAAUGUAACCAUUAUGCUACAGUGCCCUGAAUUACCGCUGCGAAAUCGGUGAAGCUAUGGCAGUAUUUUUGAAUCAAUGCCUUAACUAAACUCAUGCAAAAAUGUUUAGCUUAAUGGUGUGGGUCGUCUCACCCUUUGUCUAUCUCAAUAUCAGCAAUUCACCCCAGUAGCAAAGCUACAUGAUAACCAGGACUUGUGUCGCUGUCUCAAAACUGACCUCCUGAGAAAAGACUUGAAAGGUGGAGGGUGCCAGAGAGGUAGCCCACACGUUAGCUUAUUAGCAUAGCGUCGACAGAAAGCUCAACCCCCUACCAAACAGCUACACAAAAGACAAACAAAAUGUUUGGUGCUACAUCUCAUCUGACUUGAUUUUGGGGAAAAGAGCACACAGUAUGCUAAGCUAUUAGCCCUUCCUUAACUGUACUAGUGUCUUGUAUUUUUUUAUAUCAAUAUAUAUUUUGUUUCAGGCCAGCUAAAUGUCUAAAGAGGCAUGUGAACUUUAUGCUAAAAAAGAUUAUUUAUCCAAGAAAGAAAUAUAAGCUGAUCCAAACUAUGUCUUUGAGAACAAUUCAGUGACCCAUUGAUUGCACAGUAGUGAAAACAUAGAGCUCAGCAUAUUUUUGGGAAUAUAAUCACUAAAGUCUUUUGUUUUAGAUUUGUUGUUGAUCUACAGUGUGGAGAAUGAGGAGUCUUUUGUUAGCAUAGCAACGAGGCUGUCCUCGAAUCAGUUUGUGUAAAACUGUAGUUUUAAAUCUUCAGGUUUUGUAGGCCUUCAAUGGUAUGAAUUAAGCUAAAUCUAAGCUUAACUUUAGCUAAUCGAAGCUAAACUGAGCUAAAGUAAAGUGAACGCUAAGAGUAAGAAAAGCUGAGGCCAAGCUUGCGUUUCAGAAAACAUCAAGGUCAACGUUCAAGCUAGUUGAUCUUCGAGAAAGCUUGCUACCCUCAUUCUGUGCAAUGCCAGGGUCACUUGCCCGCAAGUCACCUUUAAAGAUCCCUCCGUUCACGGGUAAUUGCUUUGUUGUUGUUGUUGUUGUUGUCGUGUUUUAUUGUUUUUCAUUUCAAAUCAUUUUGAUUCUUUAAAAAGCUUUUUAUGUUACUAAACUAGAAAUUAUACAGCUAUCACUUUCUUCAAGAAAGGAAUUGUUUUGUUCAAAUAUAAUUUGUAUUUAAUGCCUUUUUUUUUUAAAUAAAAAUUGUAAACGCUA